CUGAAUUAUCAAAAUGAUCAAUAAUUCUUUGCUCUCAGAGGAAAUAGAUCUCACUAAAUCCUCAAUAAGAAAUGAUUAAGAAAUUGUUCUUAUGUAGUCAGCAAUGAGAUAUAAAACAAUUAAAAAUAAUCUUUAACUAGUAAUGAUCCUAAAUUUUAUUUGCCUCAUUGGGACAACGUAUAAUUUCAAUUUAAUCAAGUUUUGCCAUGGCAUUUUACUAAUGGUUUUUGAUAGUGCUUCCAACUACUAAGACAAGGAUUUGGUUGAAUCUAUUGUAUGUUUAUGAUAAAUAAGUUGAAAAAUAUAUGAGUUAUAGCACAUAUGAGAAUUCAGAAUACAAUUUCUGUCUUUAUGUCAAGGAUUUAACCUAAAACGAUUGUCUCCAUGAAUUAAGAAUAUUAGAAGCAAUAGGUAAAUCCAUCUAUUUAUAGAGCAACAGGAAUCUUUUGUUUUUGCUGCAUUUUGAUCUCCUUAAUAUUUUUGAGUUAUGACAUUGUUAGACUGAAACAUCUCUUGAAAGCAUUUGAACAAUAAUAAAAAUAUUAAUCAAGACUCAAAGGAGUUAUAGUAUACUCACUAAUAAUUGUAGGCUUAUUCGUUUCUUUGCUUGUAUACUUCUUCACAACGAUCUUCCUUACAAGCUUGAGCGAAAUUGAAAGUUCAAUAUUAUAUUUAAUUUAGCCCAUUUUGGAUCAUCUUUUUGGGUAAAUUUGUUUUGCUGCAUCUCUCUUGUAAUCUUUGCAUGCUAUUACAGAAAGUCAAAAGGUAGAAUUCUUAGAUUUUAAAUAAUGGAGAAGUUAAUAAAUUAAGAACUAGCAGAAGAUUCCUUAAAUCACUUAGAUAGUUCCGAAGCUCAUUUUUGA